AAUCAGUUUUUAGGUUAGAAUUUAGAUCGCAAUUCCGUAAAAUAAUUAAAUAUUACGCUAGAAUAUUAUAAUAAAAUGACUAGAUUUGCUAGAGCUAAAGGCUCCAAAUCUUCUAACGUAAAGACCGCGGAAGACAGCACACCAUGGGAAGUAAUGAAGGAGCAGUUGCUAAAAUCAAAACAAGAAAAUGAAGAAUCACAGAAACGACAAGAGGCAGAAGAACAAAGAAUUGAAAAUUACAAUAAUUUUUUAAAAGAGCACAAGAAACAAAAGAGAAAAGCAACAUGGUGUGAAUUUCCAGAAGCAGAGCAACCGAAAAAAUCCAAAGUUGAUGACAACACAUCUGCAGUACAAGUUGAAAAGAAAGACAAAAGUAAGAAGAAGAAAAAGAAGAAUAGUUUGAAUGAAACAGAAGUUGCACAAUCAGAAUCCAACAUCCAAAAUGAAAAUAAAGUUGAAUCUACAGAGAAAGAAUUUGCACAUCAAUCAGAUGAGGUAAAAACAAAGAAGAAAAAGAAUAAAAAUAAAAAAGCUGCAACAGAAAAUGAAGAAUCUACAAAUGAAGCAAAUAAAAUUGAAUCUGUGCCUAAAAACAAUGUUCAAAUACAAAAACAGCCCAAAGCUAAAAAGAAAUUUCAAAAUGAACCAAAAAGAAGGAAAGUUAUAAAUGAUAAAAGCUUUGAACUAAUUAUCAAUGGAAAGGAAGUUGAGCUCGUUAGGUUUGAUGGAUUCCCAAUAAUGAAGAAAGACGCUGAAAGGUUGCAGGAAUUAAAAAACAAUAUGAUCAAGAAAGGCAUACCCAAAAGUGAGGUGCAGAGAAAUAUGAAAUUGGAGAGGCGACGGGCAGAAAAAGCUUUGGCUCGGAUGAAACGUGAGGUCUGUUACAACUGUAGAAAAGGUGGUCACAAUCUGUCCGACUGUCCUGAUUUAAAGUCAAAUAUACCGGGGAAGGAGGCAGCAGAGGGAGUGUGCUUCAAAUGCGGAUCCACAGAGCACAGACAGUUUGAAUGCAAAGUUCAAAGAGACAAGGAGUUCAGAUUUGCCACUUGUUUCAUCUGUAAGGAAUCUGGCCACAUAGCACGACAAUGUCCUGAUAAUCCCAAGGGUCUGUAUCCAAAUGGUGGAUGCUGCAAGCUCUGCGGAGAUGUUACUCACUUAAAGAAGGACUGUCAUACUAUUAAAGAAAAGAAGGAGGAGACAUCAAUAAAGUUGCCAACAUUAAAUAAUGACGUUGAAGACAUUGGUUUCAAGCCUGCUGCAACAAACACCCAGCAAACAGAAGUGAAGAAACCUAAGAAAAUAAAAUUUUAAACAUGUAUGUAAAUAUAUUUUAAUUC